AUGGCUGGUACUCACAGGGGUCUCUCUAUGCACCCUGACCUGGCAAACGAGUCGGAACUCAGCAUUGCACGGGACCAGCACUCUCGAAAUGCAAGAAACGCCGACUACAAGGCCAUGUUGAAUGCCCGGGUUGCUGUCAAGCGGACAGUUGGGUAUUCAGUUGCAAGCGAUCAGGAGAAGGAGAGACUGCUCCAGGCCGCAAUGGCUGAGGCUUCUGCCAGACGGCUUCAGAACCGUCAGGACCAUGACUCCAAGAUGGCCGACUUUGACAACGGUAUCAGAAAAAAGAAAACCAGCGUGCCCAUCAAGGCCUUCCUUGAAAGCACAGCCGCUGCAAACCGCCGAGGUCAAGCUCUGCCCUCUAUGGAUACUGAAAAAUUCGCCACCUCAAGGGCUGCCACCGGGCAUCCACUCUACCCCACGCCUUCUACAGCAUUCAGUGCCAUCUUUCGAAGCAUCGAGGCCGUCCCUCGCGGGCCUGGAAUGGCCAAUGCCCCUCUGGAGCCCGUCCAAGUUAUGGACAUCUCCCGCCCUCCAUCGACACGGUCGUUCGCCCGCCGCACAACAGGUAUGACAAGCAAAACGAGAACGACAGGAGAAACAGCUUCUGCUGCGAGCAUGGCUCAGGACUCGCGCACAUCUUCCUCCGCCGAAUCUGUGUCUCCUUGUAGUGGCCAACGAGUCACCAUAAAGAGGCCCAGUAUGGUGGCCACGUCUACACAGCCCGACUCACCGCCCAUCUCACUGAGCAACCAUGAAAGGGGCCCGGCCAGUGUUUCAAGCAUGGGUAGCAAUGACGCCCGCGCCAAGAAGAGAAAAUGCACCGGCACAGAUGACGACGCCUCAGACGAUGGCAAGCGCCUCCAACCGAGUAUGGAAACCCAGUUCGAAGCCCUGCGCAACGUUGUGCAAAACCUCAGCGGCCAGAUGAGCCAGCAGCGUAACAGCAUCGAGGCUUUGCAGCACCGCAGCAGCCAGCCCCGAGAUAGUGGUAGUGGCUCGCCUGUGGUGGUUUAUCAGUCGAGCAGCUUCAAUGCGCAGGUUCAAAACCUCAACCAGCUUGCCAAAGCUCAGCAUGAGGCGGCCCUCACCCUGAUUCAACUGACGUAUCCACGCAUGGCUGCCGCUCUCGACCGACUCAACGAAGCGACUGAGGCAAUAGUGGCCCGGGUCAGGGCAUCAGGGGUGCCUGAAGAUGAGAUUGCAUCCGAGACUGGCGAGUUUAGGAUUGCUAUGGACUGUAUUUUGGAUCUACUGGAUGGUCAGAACCGGGUCCGAUAG